AUGGCCAAAGAAUUAUGUGAGAAGAAGUGGACAAAGCAGCAAAAACUAAACGAACUCAUGAGCCAGAACAUGAUGCUUGGAUACUUGUAUAUUUAUUUUCAAACAACCAUCACUUGGUUACAGUGCAUUCGUGUUUUGCGAAUUGAGACGCGCCGCAAACUUAUAAGAAAUGUUUUCUCAUGUCCGGUCAAUUAUCUCGUGAUCACUUUGACCGUCUGUAACUUUACAGUAGCUUGCAAUUGCAAGAGAAAUUAUUUAGCAACUAUCUUUUAUGAAGCUCAUGAAAUCAUAACAAAAGCCAUGUUUGCAGCUUUCAAUGCUCAUGAGAUUGGAUUUUUUUCUGAAAUUCUGAAAUGUUAUCCACGAAGACAACGGAAAGCAAAAAAUAUCAAUUAUUAUAAUCAUAAAAUCUGA